AUGAGAAUUUCGGAUAAAAUUGAAUAAAGAGAGAAUGAGUAUUGGAGAAUAUCGUGCUGACGAUUGUGGACAAAGUGCUGAGCCUUUUUUCGUUUUUGGGAGAGAAAUUUGGAGAGAAAUUGGGAGAGAAAUUGGGAGAGAAAUUGGGAGAGAAAUUGGGAGAGAAAUUGGGAGAGAAAUUUGAAGGAUUUGAGAAAUGAGGAAAUGUCGGGUUGGAAGGAAAUUCGAGAAGGAAAUCUAUCCAAGGGCCAGCCAGUUUCUACCCCAGGGCUAAUGGUACGUCUGAGAGGUCUGCCGUCACUUUGAAAAAUCUCCAGAAACCAGCAGUGCCCCUUUUAGCCCCCUCUGGGUGCUUUACUCAGGGCGACGAAGGUCGUCCAGUAAUAGAGUUCAUCGCCGUCCUGGCAUAUUUCAAUCGAUACAAAUGCCACUGGAACACUUGGACAAUAAGUAGUCGGAUUAUUGAUGGUGGUGGGUAAAUCUUCGGGAUGGGGAAAGAAUGAAUUCUGGGGUGGGGGAUGGAAUUCCACACAGAUUUCCACGGAUUUCUCGUUUAAACAACUCUUUAGAAUUUCUGAUAUUCGAGAAUUGGGAUUACUGGUGGAUAUAAUGCGACACUCAAAGAGAAUCUGAGAGUAGGGAAAAAGAGGAAAAUAGUCUGGGUGUUCGUUAUCGCAACUGAUAAUUGGGUGCCUCUUUGAGCUGAGACACGGUGUUCUAGGAAAGGGAGAAGGAGCUUUGGAGCUUUGGAGAGGGCCUUGAGAACACUGGAGUGGAGCUAAUGGCGAGUGGGAUAACACGAAGAAAAGUGAAAAAUGAGGGGAUGAACAAUUGUUACGGAAUGAUGAAUUUAGGGAAAUGGAUGUAUGAAGAACACGCGUGUUACGGGGGAAAAAUGAAUCUCGGGGGAAAUCUCACUGUUGUAGAUGAUAUUUGAUUUUCCGGGUUUUUUUUUUUCGGAUACAUGAGGGUGGGAAGGAUGAGGGUCUUUGAUUAUCCGACAAUAAACCCAACGACCUCAGUUGACACGCGAGUGUGACCCCGAUCAAGUUGGAAGUCAAGGCGGUGACCCUUGAGAACUCAAGUCAACUUCAGAGGGAAGUGACGAAGGAUCAAUGAAUAUUCCAUGAAAAUUCGAUGAAAAUUCACUGAAAAAUUGAUGAAAAUUUCAUGUAUUCCUGAUACAAUCAUGAUAUGUUCAGAUAAAAUCUUUCGAGUGCUAAUUACUGGCUCAUGACUCAGAACUGCUCUUGAUUCAGUGAAACCAUAUCAAAGAACUCUUGACACUGAACAAUUACCCUAGGUGAACCUCUUCAAAGAGAACAAAUCUAAUUAUCAAAUAAUUAAACAUGGUGGAGAGUUGGACACUGAUUCUACCCCUGGUGAAUGUGUUUGUGUGUCUUCAGAGUGGCAGGGUAACGUCGAAACCGUCGACGGAGAGAGAGGCUAUUCUCAUACCUGGUGAUAUUGUUCUCGGUGGACUAUUUCCUGUUCACGAUAAGGGUGAAUUCACAUGUGGACCUAAAGUUUAUAACAGGGGUGUGCAGAGACUCGAGGCGAUGCUCUUUGCUGUCGAUCAAAUUAAUGAGGAGAAUAAAAUAUUACCGGGUAUAUCACUGGGUGUUCAUAUCCUAGAUACGUGCAGUAGAGACACGUAUGCACUCAAUCAGAGUCUACACUUUGUGAGAGCCUCGUUAUCGAAUCUAGACAUUAGUAUACUUGAGUGCGCUGAUGGCUCGACACCCAGGGUCAGGAAAACAGCCAGUGCUGGACCUAUUUUUGGUGUCAUCGGGGGAUCAUACAGCUCAGUGUCACUUCAGGUUGCCAAUCUCCUGAGGUUAUUCCACAUCCCUCAAAUAUCACCAGCCUCGACAGCAAAAGCCCUGAGUGACAAAACUAGAUUUGACUACUUUGCUCGUACAGUACCACCGGAUACGUUUCAGUCAAUUGCACUAGUGGAUGUCGUUAAAAGUGCCAAUUGGUCAUACGUAUCAACAGUUUACUCCGAGGGAUCCUACGGUGAAUACGGUAUCGAGGUAUUCACACGAGAGGCAACCGAGAGAAAUGUCUGCAUAGCAGCAGCAGAAAAGGUACCAAGUGCAGCAGAUGAUAAAAUAUUCGACGGAAUAAUUCAAAAGCUGUCGAAAAAACCGAAUGCGAGAGCUGUGGUGCUCUUCACCAGGGCUGAGGAUGCCAGGAGAAUUCUUGAAGCAGCGAGAAGAUCGAAUUUGAGUCAACCAUUUCAGUGGAUAGCCUCGGACGGUUGGGGUCGUCAAAAUAAAUUAGUCGAGGGUAUUGAAGACGAGGCCGAGGGUGCAAUUACCGUUGAACUCCAGUCAAAAAAUAUUCCCGGCUUUGACGAAUACAUGGCCGAAUUGACACCAGAAAAUAAUCGGAGGAAUCCCUGGUUUGGCGAGUAUUGGGAGGAAGUAUUUGGCUGUGUGCUCAGAAAAAAUUUACCUCUGGAAACCAAUAAGAGUUUAACUAUUUGCUCACCAAAAUUAAGUCUAACACCAGCUAAUGGCUACGAACAAGAGUCCAAGGUGCAAUUUGUUGUUGAUGCUGUUUACGCUUUUGCUAUUGCACUGCAUAAUCUACAGAGAGAUCUAUGUGGCAAGAGUAAGGCCCUUUGUCAGGCGAUGAUCGAUUAUGACAAGGGUACCUUCUACAAGAAGUACCUCCUCAACGUGUCGUUUACAGAUUCUGCUGGCAGCGAGGUAAAGUUUGACGAGCAUGGUGACGGUCUUGCCAGGUACGAGAUUCUCAACUUUAGAAAGGCCAAUCAGAGUGGAACAAAUGGAUAUUAUUACCGGGUAGUGGGAAAAUGGUACAACAGAUUAGAUUUUCACACCGACGAGUUGGUCUGGGCGAAGGGAACAGAGAGUAUGCCAAUAUCAGCUUGCUCAUUACCCUGCGAGCCAGGUAUGAUUCGUAAGCAACAGGGGGACACCUGUUGCUGGGUGUGUGAUCAGUGCGAGGAGUACGAGUAUGUGUACAACGAGACAACCUGCAAAGACUGCGGUUACGGUCAUUGGCCUCAUCGAGACAAACGUGGCUGCUACUCCCUGCCGAUCAAACACAUCAACUGGACAUCAGCAUUUGCGAUAGCACCAGCUGUCAUAUCGUGUCUUGGAAUAAUCGCCACGCUGGCUGUGGCUGGACUCAUGUUUCGACACCGCGAUACACCAGUUGUCAGAGCCUCUGGAAGAGAGCUAACUAUUAUUUUACUUGCCGGAGUGCUUGUCUGUUACCUCAAUACAUUCGUUCUUCUCGCACAACCCACCACUAUCUCAUGUAUUUUACAGAGAUUCGGCGUUGGUGUCAGCUUUAGUGCAGUCUAUGGAGCACUAUUGACAAAAACAAAUAGAAUUGCCAGAAUCUUUGAUUCCGCUUCAAGAUCGGCAGUUCGACCCCGAUACAUAAGCCCGACCUCUCAAGUCUGCAUAGCAGCAGCACUGAUUGCCUUUCAAAUAGUCUUAACCCUUGUCUGGAUGAUAGUGGAACCACCAGGAACUCGUCACUUCUAUCCAGAUCGUCGUCAGGUCAUUCUCAAAUGCAACAUUCAGGACAUGAGUUUUCUAUUCUCACAGCUCUACAAUGCCUUUCUCAUCGUUGUAUCCACUAUUUAUGCUGUGAAAACACGUAAAAUACCGGAGAAUUUCAACGAGAGCAAAUUCAUCGGUUUCACGAUGUACACGACGUGUAUAAUAUGGCUUGCAUUUGUACCUAUUUAUUUUGGUACUGGUAAUGCACAUGAGAUACAGAUAACGACAUUGUGUGUGGCGAUAAGUCUCAGUGCAUCGGUCACACUCGUGUGUCUUUAUUCACCAAAAGUUUAUAUAAUAGUCUUCCAACCGGAAAAAAAUAUCAGGGGAAAAGUGACGAUGAGUGGUAGCACAUUCAAGAAGCAGGACAGCAGUGGAGGAACUUCAUCAGUUGCCAAGUAUGGUGGUCGUGAGAUGAGCAGUGAACAUGUACCUCUGAGUCGAGCUCUAAGAGCUGUUGUACAGACAUCCGCUGGUGUCACUGAGAUUUCAAUAGCAUCCAACACUUCUAAUCAAACGAAUGAUGAUACCAAUGAUGAAGUCGCGGCUGUCUAAAAUUAGCCCGAGCCGGAAAUUAGUGAUUGAAAUGACAAUGAGACUUUUUCUCGUAUUGUAACUAGUGUUCAACUGCACAAAUUUAACAAGAACCGAAAGUGGAAUGGAGAAAAUUAUUACAGAAUAAUGAGGCCUAGUUAUUGGCCUUCUGUGAGUGGCUUUAAAGACAAUGAAAUGAUUUGAAUAACAUGAUAUUUAAAUAAUAUGAUAAUUGAUAUUAUCAUCUUAAACGGUGGACAGUCAAUGUUCUAAUGAAGUUAGAUAAUUCACAUGAGUGAGUAAGUGUUUUAUUAGGGACUGUGAACAAAAGGCUUGUACGUAUCCCUACGUGUGUC